GGGCUGGGAGGCAUCCAGCCACCCAGAGCAAGACCUCGCCCUGUCUCCAGAACUUCUCCCAGAAUAUCCAACUACCUGUGAAACCCAGAGAUCUCUCUCCAGCUGGAUUCUAACAGAAGUUUAGCGGGAAAGGAGAGACCCAAGGCUGAACCCAACGGAGCGAGGUUUUAGGACUCAGUCAUCCUGUGUCCUGACGCCUCGGGGCCAGCGGGAGAAGAAAGCUGGUGCGUCCCGGGGGCUCAGGGGCCGGUGGGGCUCGGAGGCACAAGCACCCCGCGACCCUCCCGGUUCCCCUACCCUCGUCCCCGGCAGCCCCGAUUUAAAACAACCUCAGUAGAGCGCGGGGCGACGGCAGAGGGGCCCGCCAAGGAACGCGCUACUUCUUUAAACCUCUGCCGGCAGCUUAGUCACAGCCCCUCUCGCUUGGGUGUGUCCUUCCCUCGCUCCCUCCCUCCGUCUUAGGUCACUUUCAACCCUCGAAUAAAAACUGCAGCCAGCUUCCGAGGCAGCCUCAUUGCCCAGCGGACCCCAGCCUCUGCCAGGUUCGGUCCGCCCUCCUCACCGGCCCCUGCCCCGCGCCCCCGGGAUCCUCCAGCUCCUCUCGUCUGCGCCCUCGGUUCGCUCUGGACACCAUGGACAAGUUUUGGUGGCGCGCAGCCUGGGGACUCUGCCUCGUGCAGCUGAGCCUGGCGCAGAUCGAUUUGAAUAUAACCUGCCGCUUCGAAGGUGUAUACCACGUGGAGAAAAAUGGUCGCUACAGCAUCUCUCGGACGGAGGCAGCUGACCUCUGCAAGGCUUUCAAUAGCACCUUGCCCACAAUGGCCCAGAUGGAGAAAGCUCUGAGCAGCGGGUUUGAGACCUGCAGGUAUGGAUUCAUAGAAGGGCACGUGGUGAUUCCCCGGAUCCACCCCAACUCCAUCUGUGCAGCAAACAACACAGGGGUGUACAUUCUCACGUCCAACACCUCCCAGUAUGACACAUAUUGCUUCAAUGCUUCAGCUCCACCUGGAGAAGAUUGUGCAUCAGUCACAGACCUGCCCAAUGCCUUUGAGGGACGAAUUACCAUAACUAUUGUUAACCGAGACGGCACCCGCUAUGUCAAGAAAGGAGAAUACAGAACGAAUCCUGAGGACAUCAACCCCAGCAGCCCUACUGAUGACGACGUAAGCAGUGGAUCCUCCAGUGAAAGGAGCAGCACUUCAGGAGGUUACAUCUUUUAUAACUACUUUUCAACUUCACCACCCAUCCCAGAUGACGACGGUCCCUGGAUCACCGACAGCACAGACAGAACCCCUGCUACCACUUUGAUGAGCACUAGUGCCACAGCAACUGAGACAGCAACCAAGAGGCAAGAAAUCCAGGAUUGGUUUUCAUGGUGGUUUCCACCAUCAGAGUCCAAGAAUCAUCACACAACAACACAAAUGGCUGGUACGUCUUCAAAUACCAUCUCAGCAGGCUGGGAGCCAAAUGAAGAAAAUGAAGAUGAAAGAGACAGACACCUCAGUUUUUCUGGAUCAGGCAUUGAUGAUGAUGAAGAUUUUAUCUCCAGCACCAUUUCAACCACACCACGGGUUUUUGACCACACAAAACAGAACCAGGAUUGGACCCAGUGGAAGCCAAGCCAUUCAAAUCCAGAAGUGCCACUUGAGACAACCACAAGGAUGACUGCAGAUGUAGACAGAAAUGGCACUACUGCUCAUGAAGGAAACUGGAACCAGGAAGCACACCCUCCCCUCAUUCACUAUGAGCAUCACGAGGAAGAAGAGAUUCCACAUUCUACAAGCACAACCUCAGCCCACACCAGGCAUCCAACACAAGGAACGACAACACUGAGCCCAGAGGACAGUUCCUGGACUGAUUUCUUCGACCCAGUCUCACAUCCUAUGGGACGAGGUCAUCAAGCAGGAAGAAGGAUGGAUAUGGAUUCCAGUCAUAGUACAGCGCUUCAGCCUACUGCAGAUCCAAAUACAGGUUUGGUGGAAGACUUGGACAGGACAGGACCUCUUCCAAUGACAACGCAGCAGAGUAAUUCUCAGAGCUUCUCUACAUCACAUGAAGGCUUGGAAGAAGAUAAAGACCAUCCAACAACUUCUACUCUGACAUCAAGCAAUAGAAAUGAUGUCAGAGGUGGAAGAAGAGACUCAAGUCAUUUUGAACCCUCAACUACUUUACUGGAAGGUUACACCUCUCCUUACCCAGACCCGAAGGAAAGCAGGACCUUCAUCCCAGGGACCCCAGCUGAGACUGGGUCCUUUGGAGUUACUGAUGUUACUGUUGGAGAUUCCAACUCUAAUGUCAAUCACUCCUUAUCAGGAGACCAAGGUGCAUUCGACCCCAGGGGGGACUCCCAUACCACUCAUGGAUCUGAAUCAGCUGGACAUUCACAUGGGAGUCAAGAAGGUGGGGCAAACACAACCUCCGGUCCUUUAAGGACACCCCAAAUUCCAGAAUGGCUGAUCAUCUUGGCAUCCCUCUUGGCCUUGGCUUUGAUUCUUGCAGUUUGCAUUGCAGUCAACAGUCGAAGAAGGUGCGGGCAGAAGAAAAAGCUAGUGAUCAACAAUGGCAAUGGAGCUGUGGAGGACAGAAAGUCAAGUGGACUCAAUGGAGAGGCCAGCAAGUCUCAGGAAAUGGUGCAUUUGGUGAACAAGGAGUCCUCAGAAACUCCAGACCAGUUUAUGACAGCUGAUGAGACGAGGAACCUGCAGAACGUGGACAUGAAGAUUGGGGUGUAACACCUAUGCCAUUGUCUUGGAAAGAAACAACCAUGGGAAACAUAACCAUUACAGGGAGCUGGGACACUUAACAGAUGCAAUGUGCUACUGAUUGUUUCAUUGGGAAUUUUUUUUUUAGCAUAAAAUUUUCUACUCCUUAUUGUUUUUUUGUGUUUUGUUCUUUAAAGUCAGGUCCAAUUUUUGAAAACAGCAUUGCUUUCUGAAAUUAGGGUCCAAUUAAUAAUCAGCAAGAAUUUGACCGUUCCAGUUCCCACAUGGAGGCCUUUCAUUUCUUGGGUGUGCUAUGGAUGGCUUCUAACACAAGCCACACGUACGUAGUCCUGAUCCCCAACCUUUCCCCCAUCAGCUAAGGACAUUCCCCAUGGCUAAGAGGGCCUGGUCCCUGGAAGGAAAUUUGAAUGGGUCCAUUUUGCCCUUCUAGCAGCCCAAUCCCUGGGCAUUGCUUUACAGUGAGGUAGGGGGGUGGGAUGUACUGGUUACACAUCUGCUUAAACAGACCCUCCUGGAAAUUUUUCAGAUGCUUUUGGGAGACACCCAAAGGGUGAAGCUAUUUAUCUGUAGUAAACUAUUUAUCUGUGUUUUUGAAAUAUUAAACCCUGGAGGUCCUUUGAUCAGUAUAAUUUUUUAAAGUUACUUUAUCAGAAGCACAAAAGGGUUAAAACUGAUUCAUAAUAAACAUCUGUACUUCUUCCAUCUUAAUAUUUUGUGCUGUGUUCCUUCAGUUUCUAACCAGCACUGUCUGGGUCUCUACUACUUAUUAGGAAGAGCUGAGAAUGGUAAAGAAGAUUCUUUUGAAAUCUUUAUCUCAGAGACCCUGAGUUCCCACUCAGACCUACUCAGCCAAAUCUCAUGGAAGAUCAAGGAAGGCAGCACUGUUUUGUUUCUGACGCUGUCCAAAGGUUUUCUAUCCUGUCUUGGAAUCAGAAUUGUAAGCUGAGGAGCUUCAGCCUCUUUUAUGGUUUAAUGGCCAUCUGUUCUCUCCUGCAAAGUCACAUUAAGUUUGCAUGUCCUGGGGCCCUAUGUCAUAGAUGCUGGCCCUAUUAGUGAUUUCCAAAAGCAAUAUGGAAGUGCCUUUCGAUGUCUUAUAAUAAGAUGAGGAGCCAGUGGAAAUGAAAGAGAUUGGCAAGGGGAGAAGAGGAUGCAGUGUAGAUCCUGUUUGACAUUUUUAUGGCUGUAUUUGUAAAUAACACACGAGUGUCUGUUCUUGAUGCAGUUGCUAUUUAGGAGGAGUUAAGUGCCUGGGGAGUCCCUCGAAAGGUUACAAGGAUUCCCAUCGUUGGAAUCUUAUCACCAGAUAGGCAAGUUUAUGACCAAACAAGAGAGUCCUGGCUUUAUCCUCUAACCCCAUAUUUUCUCCCACUUUGCAAGUCCAUUGUGGCAUUUAUUCAUCCGUCGGGUUGUCCGAUUGGUCCUAGAACUUCCAAAGCCUGCUUGUAAUAGAAGCCAUUGCAUCUAUAAAGUAAGGGUCCUAUUAAAUAGUAUCUUCUUUCUUAGGCCCCCACAAAAAGUCAUUUGUUACCUAAACUUAUAUGCUUAACAGGCAAUGCUUCUCAGACCACAAAGCAGAAAGAAAAGCUCCCAAGUAAAUCAGGGCUGCACUUAGACAGAAGAAUAUCUUUAAAGGAGAGAUACCAACUUCCUGCACUAUUCCCAGCCUCUGCUCCCAGCCUCUGCUCCUCCUCCUCUGUCUACCCUCUUCACCCACCCCCCUUCGUUUCGCCCCAUAAUCUUGAAAAACUUCCUUUCUCUUCUGUGAACAUCACUGACCAGUUCCAUAUUCAGUGGUCUGGCUUUCUUCUUAUUUUCUUUUCAACUUGAAAGAAACUGGACAUUAAGCCACUAUGUGUUGUUACUGCCACUAGUGUUCAAGUGCCCCUUGUUUUCCCAGAGAUUUCCUGGGUCUGCCAGAGGCCCAGACAGACUCACUCAAGCUCUUUAACCGAAAUGCAGCAAGCCACUCUGGGACAAGGUUCAGAAUGCUUACACCAGCCUCUACCUGUCCCCCUGGGAGACAGGGAUAGUGACACAAAUGUCAUAGCCACCCCUUCUAGACAUUCCCAACAAAUAGGCUGAGACAGGAGAUUAUUUUCAGUUUUAUUUUAGAAUUAAAUAUCAUUUUCCCCUUAUUACUUUUGUAGUCCCACACUUGGAUAUACCUCUGUUUUUCAGAUAGAAAUAAGGGAGUUCUAGAGCUUCUAUUCCUUGGCCACUGUCUAUGGAGAGCUUCCCAAGUCUUUGCAAACCCUCGCAACAUUUCCUGAAGUUUAUGGAAUAAGAUGUGUUCUCACUCCCUUGACCUCAAGGGCAUAACUGUGGAAGCACAGCUUGACUACGUGUCAUUUUCACCAAUGAUUUUCCAGGUGAACUGGGCUAAGUCAUUAAACUGGGUCUUGUUUAUAACAGUUAGAGGCCAACAUUUAGUUAUUUGCAAAGCAACCUAAGAGCUUAAGAUGUAAUUUUUCCUGCAAUUGUAAAUCUUUUAUGUCUCCUGACGGCUUCCCUUAGCUCUGAGUGCAAAAUUGAAUGAGACAAAAGACACCUUCAAGUCCAUAUUUCAAGCCUGGUAGAACUGGCUUUUCUAGCAGAACCUUUCAAAAAGUUUUACACUGAGAUUCAUAACAAGACCAAGAAUCGAUUUUGUAGCCAACAUUCAUUCAAUACUGUUACAUCAGAGGAAUAGGCAAGAGGAAACGUUUGACUUCUCUGGAAAUGCAAAAUGUACUUAAGAACAAGAAUAACAUGGUCAAUUCACCUUUAUGUCAUAGGUAUGCCUUUGUGUAAAUCAUUUGCUUUGAGUUUUCAAAGAAUAGCUCAUUGUUCAUUCUCGUACUGUACAAUGACCACUGUUAUUGCUACUUUGACUUUUCAGAGCACACCCUUCCUCUGGUUUUUGUAUAUUUAUUGAUGGAUCAAUAAUAAUGAGGAAACCAUGAUAUGUAUAUUGCUGAGUUGAAAGCACUUAUUGGAAAAUAUUAAAAGGCUAACAUUAAAAGACUAAAGGAAA